CUCCCUGUUUUCACCCAGUUAAACGCAUGCACUUAAAAGACAGGCUCCUCCAUUCACCCACACAAGCACGAUCGGAGCAAAAUCCGACGCUCUGAUCGCCGGCAGCGGACCAUGGCGGCCGCCACGAGCAGCAACACGGCCGCGCUUCAGCAGAUGAAGCACGCCAGCAUUGAGCAUACGCGGAAACGCAUAGACCCGAGGAGGAGGCAAGCGGCGCUGUCCUUUCUCAGCAACAUUUCUCUAGACGGCCGACCCGUGCAGGACGAUGCGGACAGCCAGAGCCAGGAGGAGAACUCGCUGGAAGCACGGACUAGACAGAGCCUGGUUUCUCUGGAGCGCUCCGGGACGCACGGCGCGGCUGGCACCGCCGAGGCUGCAGCCGCCGCCGCCGCCGCCGCCGCCGCCGCUGCUGCGACCUCCGCCACCCAGGCGCUCGCUUUAGCAAACCAGGCUCGCCUCGCCAGCAGCUGGGGCAGCGGCGGGACGGGUGCCGCCGCUGCUGCCCCGGCGGCUGCGGACUCGGAGGGGGACGCGUUCUUGCCCUCCACGUUCAACGUGCCAUUCUCCGCGGUCCCCGUCGCGACCAGAGGGAGGCUGCAGACCUACACUCAGGGAAUCCUCCCUGCCGCCUACUCCAGGCAGUUCUCCCCGAGCUUCAGCCUGGAUGGGGGGCAGAUAGAGCCGCAGAGGUCAAGAAGGAGACUCAUCUCUCAGCGCUCUUCGCUCGAAACUCUAGAAGACAUUGAGGAAAAUGCUCCUUUACGCAGAUGCCGGACCCUAUCGGGCUCACCCCGACCAAAGAGCUUCAAGAAGAUCCACUUCAUAAAGAACAUGCGGCAACACGACAUGCACAAUGGAAGGAUAGUCCUUAUCAGUGGCAGAAGAUCCUUCUAUAGUGUAUUUUCUGUCCUGCCCUAUCAAGAUUGUAGCCAAGCAGGGGACUUAAGAGCGGAAGGGCGUCAGCGUCACCCGUCCGGAGGCGUGAGCGCCAAGGAGAUGGUGAUUGGACUGGAGGGAGUGGAGUUGGGAGCGGAUGGAAAGACCGUUUCCUACACCCAGUUCCUGUACUCCACUAACGUUCUGGGCGGCCGAAGGAACACCAUCGACUCCACGUCUUCCUUCUCCCAGUCUCGAAACGCCAGCCACCGCAGCCUGAGUCUGGGCCGGGCCAACAGCAACCAGAGCAGCCUGGACACAGGGAACGAGUUUGGAGACUUUCGCGAGUACGACCCCAACCUGCUGGAUGACCCGCAGUGGCCCUGUGGAAAACACAAGCGAGUGCUCAUCUUUCCUUCUUACAUGACCACGAUCAUCGAAUAUGUCAAGCCCUUCGACCUCAAGAAGGACAUGAACGAGACCUUCAAGGAGAAAUUCCCCUACGUGCGGCUCACUCUCAGCAAGAUCCGGAGCUUGAAAAGGGAGAUAAAAAAGCUAGCCCAGGAUGAAUGCGGGUACGAGGAGCCGACCGUGGCCAUGGCUUUCGUCUACUUCGAGAAGCUCGUUCUUCAAGGCAAGCUGAACAAACAGAACCGCAAACUCUGCGCCGGAGCCUGCGUCCUCCUGGCGGCCAAGAUCGGCGGUGACCUCAAGAAACACGAGGUCAAGCAUCUGAUAGAUAAACUGGAGGAGCGAUUCCGGGUGAACCGCAGGGAGCUGAUAGCGUUCGAGUUUCCCGUCUUGGUGGCGCUGGAGUUCAACCUGCACCUGCCAGAGCACGAGAUCAUGCCUCACUACAGACGCCUGCUGCAGACCUCUUAGCAUCGGUGAACCGUCAGGAGGACAGCAGCUACUGGGCUCUCCUCCUGAUAACCCCCCAGGGCUGACAGAUCUCAUCCGUCUCCUCCACUCCUGAGUUCUGACCACUACAGAUGACCCUGCUUUUCCUGUCACUUCGAGACGACUUGCCAAAAAGACUCUUUAAUUUAAAACAUUUUGUCACAUUUACCAUCACUACAUGGACCUGUUACCAGUUUGUAUGCCUCAUCUGCUUUUCUCUAUCACUUUGUACAUUUUCUCUUGUUGAUUAAGAGAACAUUUUUUACAUUAUUAUUAUUUUUUUUUUGUCUCUUCAUAAAUCUCGUUGUUACCUCGUAAACUGCAUUGUAAUUUUAAAACAAAGCCUUUUUUUAAAAAAACAAAAAAAAAGCCGAUGUUUUUAGCUGGACUGUUAUUCCUUGGAAGGGACUCGUCUUUUUGCAAAGUCUUUGUAACAGAAGUGCACUUUUUUUGCACAAGACAAAGACUUUUUUUUUUACCCAUCUCGGGAACUAAACCCAGAAGAAGAAUAAGCUAAAAAAAAAAAAAAAAAAAAAAUCACAUAAUUUAAUUGGACCUUUGAUUUGUUUCAGCCUCUCAGAACACUUUUCUAGCGACGCAUAUCUGCAUGGAAACGUAUCAGUAUUUGUACACGGGCAGAAAAGACGCGGCCUCCUUUUCCGUUUCGGAUCGUUUUCUACCACUUAAAUGCUUGCUGCGGGCUCCCAGAGGCCAGACAUGCUUUUACCAGUGUCGAAUUUCCUGUGCUCUAUGUUAGAGUGUAUUGCUGGCACAUUUACGGUGCUUUGUUGCGGGAGCCGUUAACGCGUGCUAAAAACGCCAUUAACCAGUGGACAAGGCUGGCGGCGGCGCGCCUGGUCGUCGAGGGAGGUGGGGUGGGGGGGGUU